GAAGCAACUAACAAAAUUAGCUUUAGUCUCCGAGUGCUUCCAGCCUGGUGGUGUACUGGUUGAUUGGUCUUGAAGCCUUUGGUCUGCCAUUACUGAAGAGCGCUGUCUGUUGAAAUUGAAGAUACUUUGAUUGUGGAAACAAGUCAGUCCCUUGGCGGGAUGACCAGCCGCAAAGCAACAAAAUCAAAGAGGGCGACUCUUCAGAUUUUGCCCGUCACUGUGUCUCAACUGCUGUCUGCACCUCAAGUUGGUAAUGACAGCUUUGCAAUUUUUGACUGGGAACUGAAUCAGGUGUCUGUAGUGGGUAUUGUCAGAGGAUAUGCUCCCUUUGUGACAAACGUCCAGUACUCUGUGGAUGACAUGACGGGUCCACCUUUGAACGUGAAGCAAUGGGUUAACACACAGAACUGCACUCAGACAUUUGCUUCUCCUGGAACAUAUGUGAAAGUUACUGGAAGUCUGCACAAUUUCAGUGGUCAAAGAUCGUUGCUGGCAAUGUGUAUCCGUUGUAUCAAGGACCUGAAUGAGCUCACAUCCCACAUGUUGGAGGUAGUACAGGCCCAUAUGCAACUUUUUGGAAAGGUACAGGAGCUUGUGGCAUUUGAUGUCAAUAUGAAUAUCGCUACUGCCUCGGGGUUUGGAAGUGGUGGUGGACAUCUUGAAGGCAUCUCACCAAAUGGACUGUCCACCAUCCAGGAUCAGGUGUUGCAUGUAAUCAGGAGGUUCUCUGGCUGUGAUUAUGGCAUCAGUUUAGAAGACCUUAAGACACAGCUGGCCUACCUCAGUAUGAGAGACAUCAGAUCUUCCUUGGUGUUUUUGGUAAAUAAAGGUCAUAUCUUCUCUACCAUUGAUGAGCGUCAUUUCAAGUCCACAGAGCAUUAGCCUGGAGGCUAGCGAUUCAUCGAGACAUCAGUCCAGGAUCAGAAGUGAUCACAAUGUACAAGCUACCCACAUUUUAAGUCACAAAUCUAAAUUGUUUAGGUUAAUUUUAGUUAUUUAUGCUGUACUAUAGCUGAUGAGCUGUCAAAAGAUGCCAGAACAGUUAAAAGGUUCAUAGUGUAUUAUUUUCUAUAUGUGAGAUAUUGCGGACAUAUUGCUCUGGAUACUUUGUUUAAUUAUUUUUCUACAAUCUUUUUUUUUUUUUUUUUUUCUUAUUUGUGUGCUGAAUUUGUGGGUACUCUGCAAAUGAUGUCAUAAUGCCUGUACAUAAAGAAUUCAGUUUAAAAUGCA